AUAAAAAACCCGCGGGUGCUAUGUAACAUCUACAAUUUAAGAAAUAAUGUCUUUGUUGUGAUGUUUUUUUUAUUGUAUAUUUGUAAUAGUUUUCCCAAGAGUAUUAAUGUAUUGUGUGAAGUAUUUCGCGCGUAAAAUAUUUAACUAAAUUAGUGAUAUAUUUUUAUUGGAAACUAUGCCUCCUAAAAAAAGGGAGAAACCUACUGAAAAAGAAACAAGUACAGAUCAAAUUAAAACUGAAAGAGAGCUCUUCUUACAAGCGUUUGAAAAACCUACACAAAUUUACAGAUUUCUGGGAACACGCCAAAUAAAUUCUCCCUUGUUCCUUCAAAGAUGCUUGUCUUAUAUGAAACAUCGAAUGUCAAGAACUCAUGCUAAAAGGAAAUUCUUUAAGGUUGACAGCAUUUUAGAAAGAGUAACUGCCCGGCACAGAGCUCUUGCAUCUGAAAGGCCAUCUGGUCAUUUAAUAAUAACAUUUACUGGCUACUAUGAUAAAAUGUAUAAAGGAUCUGGAGAUACGGUAUGUGUAGAAGCCUCUCUCUCUAAAAUAUGUCACAAAAAGAGGAAAGACGUUUCCUCCCCAGCUAUUCAAAUGUCAGUAGGGAAAUGUGAAGUGCAUAGAAAUCCUGAUAUGAACAAUCCUCCUGCUAAAGUCACUGCCAUAUCUGUACCAAAUGAUAAUUUUAAUAUAAGCAAUGGUAAUCUAGUCAAGUCAUAUGUUCUUUUAUUGCGUGUCACAUGUCCAGUUAACCGAAUGAAGCUAAAUGGAUUUUGCAAUGGAGAUAUUUCAGAUGUCACAGAUGAGCCUGCUCAGAAGAAGAGAAAAAGCUUAAAAAAUCAGUCAGAGGAGGUUAGAAUUUAUGGUGCUGAACUAGUUGUCUAUGACAAGCAUCAAAGAUGUUUACUCACAGAUGGUGAGUACCAACUAGUGUUGCAAGAACUAGGGCAAAAAUCGUCACCCAAGAAGCUAUCUUCAUGGGAAACAUUUCCUGAUAGUAAAGAUAAGACAUUAAAUCUUGUAGAUGUAUUUGGCAAAGGUCCUUUGGUUACAUUCCAUCUACAAUGGAAGGAUAAUUUAGUUUCAGGAAUGGUAGAUAGACCCCUACCAUCAGCUCGACCGGAUGAUCUACUUAAUCUUGAUGGCUUAAGCAGUUUAAAGCAAGAAUCUGUAUUGCAAGAAAGAGGCAAAAAGACUAGAGUUUAUUAUCAGUUUUUAUAUAAUAACAAUACCAGACAACAAACUGAAGCUAGGGAUGAUUUUCAAUGUCCUUGGUGUCGAGUAAAUUGCAUGGAGCUGUAUUGUUUAUUGAAGCAUCUAAAACUAUGUCAUAGUCGUUUUAAUUUUAAUUAUGUGAUUUUAUUAAAUCAUAGUAAAUUUAAUCCUAAUUAUGUGCCACAUUCACGAGGAGCUCGUAUUGAUGUCUCUAUCAAUGAAUCCUACGAUGGUUCUUAUGUUGGAAAUCCAAAUGACCUUCACUCCACUGGUUUUGCCUUUAGCAGAACAGGUCCAGCAAGGAGAAAUCCAGUUACUCAUGUAAUUGUGUGUCGUCCUAAAAGACCUGCACCAAGUCUGUCUGAGUUUCUUGAAGCAGAAGAUAUUGAGCCUGAUGGUCAUCGCUCAUAUAUUUCUGGCCAUAACAGAUUGUAUUACCAUACAGUUACAUGCCUAUCUGUAAGACCUCAAGAAAUAGAUAUUGACUCAGAAUCUGAAAAUGAUCCAACCUGGCUUAGGAUUAAAACUCAACACAUGAUUGAUGAAUUUACUGAUGUCAAUGAAGGAGAAAAAGAACUGAUGAAAAUGUGGAACCUUCAUGUUAUGAAAUAUGGAUUUGUGGGUGAUUGUCAAAUUCCUCUUGCUUGCUCUAUGUUCAUUGAAGAACAUGGUUUGAAGAUAGUUACCCAGAGGCUGUAUCGUAAUUUUUUGCUACACUUGUGCAAUCUUUUUGACUAUGGUCUGAUUAGUGCAUCUGUAGUGUAUCACACAAUGCACCAACUUAAUCAGAUUAGAGAUGAGAUUGAAAACAAGAACUGUCUUUUAUGGUCAUCAUAGCAUUUGGAAUAUCUAGCGUUUUUAUACCAUAGCUCUUUCACUUUAUUGCUGAAACUAUUUCUUGAAUUGUAAAAUUUUCUUUCUUUUUUUUCUUUCUUUUUUUUUUGUACCAGACUUGCAUAAUGUUCUUAAGGUUUCUAAAAAUUAGGGAUUAUCUAUUUUAGUGAAAUUUUUUCUUAUGGAGCAACAUUAUGAUGAUGUAUUCACUUAAAAAAAAAAAAAAUUUUUUUUUCUGUUUCUAAUUUUAUCUUAAAUUUAAAUUCCUUUAACUUCGUAAGAUUGAAUUGAACUUUCCUAAAUUAACUUGUUAAACUGUAUUUAAAAUUUUGAAAGUAUUUAUGUCUUAAAAGUAUUGACUUUGAUAUAAUUUGGUUGCAUGGUGUUAGAACUACUUUUACAUUUACUGUGAUUUUCUUUUCUUUUAAUCUGAUGUUAGUUUUAGAGUUAACAUUUCCUUUUAAAUGAUUAUCUUUGAUAAUUAACUGGUACAGUAUGUUUACUUUCUGUUUCAGUCAAAGUGACUUUUUUUUGUUACAUUUUUUAAACAUAUGCAUUUCUAAAGAAAUGCCACUUCUUUGACUAUGAAAUAUACACAUUAAAUGUGAUCACAUUUGUGGACAUAUUUUGCAACUCUGACUUUAUAGUAUGUGUGUAAAUGAAAUUUUAUGUCACUCAAAGGUAAUUAAAACAUACAUACUUUAUUUUUAACAGAUAUCAUGCCAUUGUGACGUAUACUUCUAUUGUGACAUUUUUUAUAAUUUACAAUAUAUGAUGAGUUUUCAUUGUGAUUGCCCUGUUACAGACAUUUAAAUAAAAGAACCAAUUUUAAAUUUAGGAAGUGAAUUUAUUGAAAUUGUAUGAUAUCUAUUUAUAUUUUGAUUUUUAGAAGUAAAAUGCAUUUUUAUAAUGGUUGUGUUCAACACUGUUUGUGUAUUUAUCCUAUAAACAAAGUUUUUAAAUAUUAUAAAUUUUGAAUUUUUUUUUAAAAUUGUGCUUUGAUGUUAAAAUAAAUGUUAGAAAUGUGAAAAAGUGUCUAGUAAUGUUAUGUAACUUACAAUUAUAUCUGCCCGUAGAUUAUAGAUUUAUGUUAAUUUUUAAUCUUUGAUUGAGAGUCUAAGCAAUACAAAUCAAAAUCUUCUGUAAAGAUAAAUUUAUAAACUAGCUUAAAUUUCUAAGAUUAAAAUAUUGACUUUUAAUUAUUUUAAUAUAUUUUUAAUUUCUGUGUCUUCUAUGCUGAUCUGUGCAAACAUCUUUCUAAUAAUAAUGCAGAACUGCAUUAAAUUAUAUUGUUUAUUGUAAUAACAUAAGUAGGUACAAAUUAGCAUAUCAGGAUGGCCACCCACCUUGAAACCUGGAAUUAUACUGAAAAAGUCAGUGAAAUUUUCUAUAAAAACCUACUAAAAUCAAGGAACAAGGAUUUUUUUUUAUUUUUUCAAUUUUACUAAUUUUCUUAAUUUAAAUUAUUUUAUCAUCUGUUAUACCCACUUUUUUUAAAUGAAAAUUUAUCGCCAAAUUAAAAGUAUUUAAAUAAAAAAUUAAAGCAGUGGAAUAUAAUAAUUUAUUCUGAAAUUUCUGAAAAAUAAACUUUUCCUUUGUUUUUAAAAUAUUCCAUGCAGUUUUGCUAAGAAUAGAUUAUACAUCUUAUUAUUAAAUACCCAUUCUGAAAUAUUCAUUUUAAUUAAUGAAUAGAGCCCUAUUUCACGAAAAGUCAUAAGUUUACUUACACUUUUGGAAGCUAUUGUGAAUAUAAAUAUUUAUUGAUUUAUAAUUGCCUAGAAUUGUUUUGUUUUUUUAUUGCUUAAUGAAAAUAUAUUAAACAAUACUUAUCCAAAGUAUUUUUGGACACUCUGUAUUUGCCAUUUGGUACACUUUGUGCAAAAACUACUUAAAGUAACACUUUAAAACAUUUUUUAUUUAAUAAAAACAAUGUAUCAUCCAAGCUAAACAUAUUAUUUUCUCCACAUGUCUUAAUUUUUUAAAAAUUAAUGUUGUACCAAAACAUUUAAAACAAGAAGAAGAAAAAAUCUUGCUAAGUUGUUAAAAUAAAUUUAGUCUAAUUAUUUUCUCCAUAUGUCUUAAUUUUUUAAAAAUUAAUGUUGUACCAAAGCAUUUAAAACAAGAAGAAGAAAAAAUCUUGCUAAGUUGUUAAGAUAAAUUUAGUGUAAUUAUUUUUUCAACAUGAUAUAUUAAAAAAAUAACAUUUUAAAUAAAACACUUUACAAUAUUGACAUUUUUCUUGUACACAUCCUACUCUUCAUGAGAAGAGCUGACCUUAAAAUUUUAAGAAUUUUAUCUGG